AUAACAAAUACGAUUAUCUUCCUACGACAGUGAACAUAUGUUCUGAAGUAGUAAAACUGUUCCUGUGCGUGGUAUUGGCACUAUGGGUUAAGAAAAAAGGUUCACAUUUAAUGGCAUGAAAGGGCUGCUUAGAUCAUCCAUUCGGAUGUCUUUCCUGGAAGAAUUUUUGUAAUUCCAUGAAAUGGUCAAUUCCUGCCUUUCUUUACUUUUUGGAUAACUUGAUUGUCUUCUAUGUGCUGUCCUACCUCCAGCCAGCAAUGGCUGUGCUCUUCUCAAAUUUUGUCAUUAUAACAACAGCUCUUCUGUUCAGGAUAGUGCUAAAGCGAAAACUCUCUUGGGUACAGUGGGCAUCUCUGGUCAUCUUAUUCCUAUCCAUUGUCGCCCUGACACUAGGAACUGGAGGCCAUCAGCAAAGCUUGGCUGUGCACGGGUUCCAUCACAGUAUGUUUUUCAGCCCAUCUAACCAUUGCCUUCUUACUGCUGGACCAGAGGAAACAUGCAUGGAAAAUAGUAGCUGUGGAGCACCAAGAUUCCUUCCCGUCUUCCAUUGGAAUGUUACAAGUACCAUGGCAGGAGCAUUGAAACCUCUACGACUCAGUCUGGGACAUCUGCUUAUUCUAGUGCAGUGUUUCAUUUCUGCUCUGGCUAACAUCUACAAUGAAAAGAUAUUGAAAGAUGGAGAUCAGCUUGCUGAAAGCAUCUUCACACAGAACAGCAAACUGUAUGCCUUUGGGGUGUUAUUCAAUGGGCUGAUGCUUGGCCUACAAGCUAAGGACCGGAGGCAGAUAGGGAACUGUGGAUUCUUUUAUGGGCACAACGUCUUCUCAGUGGCUCUCAUAUUUGUCACUGCUUUCCUGGGGUUGUCUGUAGCCUUCAUCUUGAAGUUCCGAGACAAUAUGUUCCAUGUUAUGACAGCUCAGAUCACCACUGUCAUCAUCACCACAGUGUCUUUUGUCAUCUUUGACUUCAGGCCUUCUUUAGAGUUCUUUUUGGAAGCUCCUGUAGUGCUUCUUUCAAUAUUCAUCUAUAAUGCCAGUAAACCAAGAGGCCUGGAAUAUACUGCUAUGAGGGAAAGGGGCAAGCUCUUCAAAGGAGACACGUGGGAGAGGUCAAGUGGGGAUGGAGAAGAAUUUGAGAGACUGAACAAACCAAGCAGUGACAUUGAAACAGACGAAGAUUCACUCUAGCAUGGAGCGGGCUGAGAAGAAUGCUAUUACUCAUAGUGAGGGAAUGUUCAUAUUUCCUUUUUUCCCUUUUUGCUGAAUGAUUGAGACUUCUUUGGGCCUAAAUGUCAGAGAUAGAUGAGGAAAACAUUCAAAUAUCUUAAUUUGAGCCACACGUUUUUGAAAGCUGUUUUCCCUCUUACCAUCUCUGCAAAUGAAGAGUUUAAAAUCUGCUGAAAUAAACAAAGCUUAUAAUUGAUGUGAACAAGAAGAAACUUGGACACUGGACUCAGUUGUGUGGGUGACAUGUGCUGCAUUGGAGGGCAGUCCUUUCUGCAAAUACGCCAGCGUGUCUUUCAUCACUUUGGUUGACUGUUGUGAAGCAGUGCAAAUUCCUGUAUGAAUUCCUUAGUUAGCAAAACAAAGGUGAUAAAACUUGUUCAUCUUGCAGAAGCGGUGGGAGGACUGAUUAGAAUCUUCUAAUUAAGCUGGCGCUAAUAACCUUAUAAAUAAUGAGGUGUAAUGAGGCAUAUUGACUGUUCUAUUGUAUUUUGGCAAAUCAGAUUGAAAUAUCCCUAGUUGAGUGGAGGAGUCCCCCUGAAACAACCUCAUCAAGCCUUGACUUGUGAAUGUAUAACAAAUCAGAUAAUUUGGGUUAAGGAUCCUUCAGAUAGAGGAAUUUCUAGAGUGUGAUUUCAAUGUGAAUGGUUUUAAUUUAAUGUUCAUUCCUGUCUUACACCAGUGUAACUCUGUACUGGCUCCUGUGGAGUCCUUUUUGAUUCUUGGAUGUGACUGAAGCAGAACAGAUUUCACUUCAGCCACUAGCUCUCUCACAUUUCCGGUAUGAGACUGCUUAGUGCCUGUCUCCCAGUGUUUGGGGAAAAUAAAUUUGGAAUGCCUUUGUAGAAAAUAGUAUACUUUACAUGCAACUUAUGUGGCCUAACAUUGAAAGAGCCUGAAUAAAACAAAAGUGUGUUCUUCAGUUUGAAUGUAUCAUAGGAUCUUUUCUUCAUGUGGAAAGCAUAUAUGUAGAGAUUUACUUUAUACUGAGGUCACCAUCUGGAAGCGAAUGUUACAUAGCUACAGUGAGGCACUACAACAUGUGGAGCACUGAGCAGGAGGGUACAGGUGUUGGUAUCAUUUGGCGUUGCUCCACCAGCUCAGGCUGAUAAAGGUUUGCAUUCGUUUUGUAGAGGGAAAAGUUACUCCGCAGAGUGUCAGGCAGGAUGAUCUCGGAAUAACUGUUGGCUUGUAUUUUGAGUGAGAUGAAAAAUAGGUUUCAAGUAAUUCAGUGAAUCUCAAAAAUUGAAGGAUGAAGUGAAUAGGAAUGCAGAUAAGAGUUACUGAUGUGUUCUUGGAAAGAUUCUGUCAAAGGAAUUCUUAAGGAGGUAUGCAAUAAGCUCAGCGUCAAACUCUCAUACCACAGGAUAUAGUAAUGCAUUUCUCUGUGGAAUGAGGACAGUUCUGUCUUUGUUCCCCUCUGCUACCCUUUUUCCAGGCUCUGUGUGCUAACAGCUUACUUACACAUACUGUAUUAAUGGCUCAUUGCUGUAUUAAUUGGCAUACCUCCUGUUACUGGUCUGUCAAGAAGGGCAGCGUGUUUCCAGUUGUGGCCAAUGGCUGUCGUAAACUACGUAUGUGAAAUUCCUAUUCUGAUUUCUGUUUUUUGGAUGAUGAAUGUGAAAUCUUAUUGUUCUCUUUUUGUUUUUCCCCAGAAGCAUAAGCUUUUUCGAGCAUGCAUUAAGAAUAAUUAUACAAAAGAGAAA